UUGGAACCGUAUACCAAUGGGCAGACCCGAGUAGGGAGUCCUCCGCGGACCCGAGCCGGUCGGUUCCCCCAAAUCCCAAUCCGCCGCCGCCCCAGUUCCUCCCGACCAGACCUCGCCGGCCGCCGCCGGGUCCUGUCUCCUCCCUCCCUCCCGACAACGGCGAGCGCCGCCCGCCGUCACGAAUCGCCGGAGGAUUUCCGCUUCGGACUGAGCCGGAACUCGUCUCGCGGCGGCAGGAGGAGGAGAUUUCGGAAGAGGGUUUGGACUCCGGGCUGGCGAUGUACGGGCAGGGAGGGGGUUUCAAUCCGCACUACCGUCAUGCCGCCCCGCUGCCGCCACCACCGCAGCAACCACUGCCCCCGCCGCCGCCACCCCAUGCUGGGGUGACCGGCGGCUUCCCGCAGCAGCCGCUGCCGCCGCUGUCGCAGUACCAGCAGCCCCCGGCAAUGCGGCCUCCGCCUGGGCCGUACCAGCAUGGCGUGCCGCCGCAGUUUCAGAACCAGGGCUACCCCUACCCCCAUCCUGGCCAGAUGCACCACAUGCCAAUGCUGCCGCAACAGAGGGGUUUCGGGCAUAUGCCGAUGUCCGGGCCGCCGCCGUCGCAAGCUAUGUAUCAGCCCCCUCCGCAGUAUCCCAUGUCAGGGCCUCUCCCUCCACCGCCGCCGCGGCCACCUAGCAUUGCUCCAGAUGACCUGCCGCCUCCGCCGCCGCCUUCUCCACCUCUUGUUGCUCCCUCGCCACCAGCUGCUCCUGCAACUGCGCAGUCACGUGCGCAGCCAGAAGGUGCCCCUGAUGCUGGCCGUGACGGCAAAAGUGAGAAGGCAGCUACUGAUUUAAUUGUGUCUGAUGACUCCGAUAUGGAUAUGGGUGGAGAUGAAGACUCACCAUCACGGGUAAAUCUGAGUGUAGUCAAUUCUUCGCCUGCUGCUGCUGAAUGUUCUGGAGAUGUUAAUGCACCAAAGGCUGUGAAUGACACGUCCGGCCUUGGCAAUGAUUUGCCACCUGGCAGCAGUGGAAAGUCUAAAAUGGGAAAUGUGACCAUGGAAGCUGGGGGCCAAAUGCAGUUAAUACAGCAAGGGUAUGCCUCAGAUGAUAGUGAGGAUGAGGAGCAUACUGGUGCUUCCAGCAACCCUUUGCUAUUGCCUGAAGAUAAUGAGCCGAGUCAUCCAAGUGAUAGAAAUACUGAAUUUGGUCGCCAGCAGGUUACUAAGGCAGAGGAAAAUGUGAAUGCAGCUCCGUCCAGACCGCAUGAGCUCAAGGAUGACAGAGACCCAAUAAAAUACAGUUCAGGUGAGCUUGGGCAUCCUCUCAAAGAAAGUUUAAGUGGCAGUGAGUCUGCUGGGAUGCAACAGAGUGAAAGGCAUGGGAGGAUCCAGAUGAAACGAAGCCGUGACCAGUCUCCUCAGGCUGGGAGAAGCUGUAGCCCUUCGAGGGGAGAUGAGCACAGUCCACCCCGAAGUUCAUCACCUGGAAGACAAAGCAAGUCACCAGUUGCUAAGCGGGCUAAUCUACAUCAGAGCAAAUCAUCACACCAAGUGAGUUUGCUACCAGGACAACCUUUACUUGCAAGUUCAGACUUUCCUCAGACACAGUUUCAGCCAAAUGCCAUGGCGCCAGCAAAUGAUUUCCUGCGGAAUCAGAUGAGAACCUAUCCUGCACCAGAUCUUUCUCAUCCCAGGCCAUUGGAUUUCCAUCCUCAUACCCUCCAGCCGGUUGUUCCUUGUCAACAGCAGCCUGCUACCUUUCACGCUGAUGAGUUUAAAAGGCCUUAUUCUCUUGAUAGUGCCCCUGUUCCUCUUCAAGAUGGACGGCCAGGGUAUUCUGGUGGUGUGGGUCUGUCUUAUUCUCAUCAGUCUUCAUAUGGCCCGCAACAGCCUCCUCCCGGCAGUCUGGCUUCGGGUGCAAACAUAGCUUACCCAUCUUUCCCGAUAUUUCCAUCAAAUCUGCCAGGAAGUAGUGACUUUAUUCCUGCACCUGAUGCUAUUCUGCCAAAGUCAUCUAUCAAACCACACUACAACCCGUUUGCAUCUACCUUUGAAACAGAUCCGACUCUAGAUAUUGGUCCUGUUCUAAGUCCAAAUGCAGUUGCAUCCUCUUCAGCAAGAGCAGGAGAGCAUAUGAAUACACUUAAUCAUUUUGGUCAGUCUGCUGCUGGAUCUGGAACUCAUUUCAUCGAAAGUUCUGCAGAAGUUGUGCCUGACCGGCAAAAACAAUCUCGUCCUGGGUUUACUUCUACGGGUCCCUAUGAUCCACUGCUUGAUAGUAUUGAACCCUCAGGCAACUCAAUCGACAAGGAUAUUGGUCAAGAGGCAAAUCUGAGUGCCACUGGUAGUCGCAAUGCAUCGAAACUUGUGAAUAUAGAAGUGGAGAGCAAGAAUAUGCAGGGACUCGGGCUGGUUGCUGAAUCAGAAGUUGGAGAACUGGGAGAGGUGGCAGCAGAUACUGAAACUGGUGUGGUAGAGAAUGUGAGUCCUGAGCCCUUAGGUGCUAAAGACUGGAGCUCAGACAUCCCCGGUGAUAUUGACAAUGAUCAAUCAUUGGAUGUAAGCAAGAAGAGUAAGGAUUCCAGAUCAAUGAAGCUUUUUAAGGCUGCUAUUGCAGAUUUUGUCAAGGAAGUUCUUAAGCCAUCAUGGAGGCAGGGAAACAUGAGCAGAGAGGCUUUCAAAAUGAUUGUGAAGAAAACAGUUGAUAAGGUUGCUAACUCAGUCCCUAGCAAUCAUAUACCAAAAACACCAGCCAAGAUUAAACAGUAUGUCCAGUCGUCUCAAAGGAAAGUGACCAAACUAGUAAUGGGCUAUGUUGAAAGGUAUGUGAAGUUAUAGCUGGAUCAGUAAAUCGCUAAUUUGGAUUAUGAACCGGGACAAUCAGAACAGACUCCCUCUUCCGUUCCAGAACUUGUGAUGGGCACCAAUGCAGGGGGGCAAGCUGUGUGUGCGCUCCUUUGGGAUAUCUAUUUGCAUGAAAUAGUCCUGUAGCAAUAAGUUAUUUUAAGUAGUUCUGAGGAAACUCAUGUGUUUACUCGCGUGCCCCGGAUUCAGAGAAUCGCUGCCCAACUCACGUCUUCUUUGCAAGCCACUUUGUUGAUACUUCUUCCCCUUUUUCCACCGUGGUAAGUGAUAGCCUGAUAGUAGGAAGAUGUAAUUUUCCCUUGCACUGGUUACACGAACAUGGUUUUAUGAAAUACUCCUGGUGCUAUCAAGCGUGGUUUGAUCUUUAACUUUCAAACAUUCGCCUUGUAUUUUUGCGAACUCUGAUCCAUGUGCAAGCAAGUCAUCCUGCCUACCUGCA